AUGAGCCUUGAUGUAUCUUCAACAUCCAAGCCAUGGGUGGAGGAAAAACGCCUGAAUCCGCUAGAAAUUGAUGAGGAAUCACUGUUUCUUCCAUUUAAAGCGCUAUUUCUUAAGGAAAAUAUACAAAAUGAUGGGCAGGUUGAUAAACAAGUAUUAAAGACACUUGCUUCGCUUUGUUUCCCAUCUAAACCAUGUAUUAAAGCGUUUAAUAAUGAUUCGAGGGACUUGUUGCAGUUGAAACGCUCAAUUUCUCGUCUUCAACAGAGGAUACAAAAUCUGACUCAUGCACAGUCAAGAGCUUUGUUUUACCGUGAAGGAAAUGUUAAUAUAGUACGUAAGGAUAUUCUUCAUUCUAUGCUAGCUCUUUCAGAUGUUCAGAGAGCGAUUCAGCAACGUUUAAAUAAGCAGUUGAAAUUUAAAAUGGAAGGACUUGAAAAAUUGGAUCAAUGGAAGGAUGAACAGCAUUUUUUAGCGAUGUACAUUCGUCAGAAGGAGGAAUCUGAUGAAAACUUAAAGAUUAUUUCAUCUUUAUGCCAGAAAAAAAAUAAAUUAAAGAUGGAAAUUACAGAAACAGAAGUUAAAUUGGCGGAAAAAAAAAAGGAUUUAAAGAAAUUGUUAAGUCAUAUUCAAGAAUUGCAGAGUUCUUUGGGUUCUCGUUUUUUGGAUGAAAAAUCACGUUUAGAGGAGAUUGAUGCAGAUGAAGCUAAAUUUAUUGAACAAUUUAAAAAAAUGAUACCGGAAUCGGAUCAAGCAAAGCCUCGAGAUGCUCUGCGUAAAAUUUGGGAAGCCGAAUUAUCUGUUAUUAAUGACGAUAUAAAGAAGGCUCAUUCUGAAUAUACUGCUUUAUCGGAAGGAUCAAAACUUUGGUGUAGUACAAUUACUUUUCUUCAAUCACUAGAACAAAAUGUUUAUGAGUAUACAAAAAAGGGGAACUGUAAAGUAGAAGAAGUAAUAAAUAUUAUUGAUAAAGGACUUUUAAAGUUAAGAGAUUUAACAAAAAUUGUAAAUAAUAGACAAUUGAAUUUGUUAUACAUUGUAAUUGGACACGAAAUAGAAGCUUUAAAUCGAGCAAAGAAUGUAAUUAUUUUUGGUAUGGAUAAAUCGUAG